UCGACCGUGUGGGGAGUUGGAGUGACCCAGCUGGAUGUGACCACCAGGACAGAAUGGUGCUGGACUCAGGGGCUCAGGUGUAUGAGCAGGCACCCCCCAGCCCGCCAUCCAGUCCCUCAUCCUUGGGCCAUAGGCUGAGGCCCUCAGACCGAGAUGGGACAGCACUGUACCCCUGGCCUCGGUCCCUGGCCUUGCCCCUGGCUCUCUCAGUCCCCUCAGCCCUGCGGCCCCGGCCUGAGCUGCAGCCCUUCUCAGAGCUGCACUUGGGCCAUCGUGGCCACAUGCGUCGCAGUGAGAGCACCUACACCGUAAACAGUAUUGGCCGGCGGGGGGGCAGCACCCAGGGUCGGGCGCCACCUGGACGGGGACGGGACCCAGGUGGGGGCACCCUGCGGCCUGCGGCCUCCCUGCCUCACAUUGCUAAGACUCGAAAGGAUGCAGGCCGUGGUGCGAGCAAGAGUCCCUGCAUGUUGGUGGCUCUGCGGCCAACCAACAUGGACCGUGAGCGGGACAAGUUCUUCCAGUCCCAUUACACCUACAACCCACAGUUCGAGUACCAGGAGCCCAUGCCUACGGCUGUGCUGGAGAAAUACUGUGAGGCCUCUGGACAGUUCCUCCAUCAGGCAGUUGGCAUCAUUGAGGCUGUCCUGGAGAAGUUUGGUACCUAUGAACACUUUGAGGCUGCGACUGGGGGCCAGCUGCUGACCAAGUGCCAGAUCUGGUCCAUUGUGCGCAAAUACAUGCAGAAGGAGGGCUGCGCUGGGGAGGUUGUGGUGCAGCUGAGUGAGGACCUGCUGUCCCAGGCAGUGAUGAUGGUGGAGAACAGCCGACCAACAUUGGCCAUCAACCUGACUGGAGCCCGCCAGUAUUGGUUGGAGGGCAUGCUGCGGCACGAGAUAGGUACCCACUACCUGCGGGGCGUGAACAACGCGCGGCAGCCAUGGCACAGCGCCGAGGGCCGGCUGCAGUAUGGGCUGCGGCCAGCGAACCCCACCGAGGAGGGCCUGGCCAGCCUGCACAGUGUGCUGUUCCGCAAGCAGCCCUUCCUGUGGCGCGCCGCGUUGCUCUACUACACCAUCCACCGCGCCGCGCACAUGUCCUUCCGCCAGCUGUUCCAGGACUUGGCGCGCUACGUGCAGGACGCCGACGUGCGCUGGGAGUACUGCGUGCGCGCCAAGCGCGGCCAGACUGACACCUCGCUGCCCGGCUGCUUCAGCAAGGAUCAGGUGUACCUAGAUGGCAUCGUGCGCAUUCUGCGGCAUCGCCAGACCAUCGAUUUCCCGCUGCUGACCUCGCUGGGCAAGGUGUCCUAUGAGGAUGUAGAUCACCUUCGGCCCCAUGGGGUGCUGGACAACACCCGGGUGCCCCACUUCAUGCAGGACUUAGCACGCUACCGGCAGCAGCUGGAGCACAUCAUGACCACCAACCGGCUGGAUGAGGCAGAGCUGGGCCGCCUGCUGCCUGAUGACUGAUACUGGUUGAGGGCUACAGGCAGAGGCCCUGGAAAGAGGGCUCCAGAUCAGCCCCCAGAACAUGAAGCUGGCUGCUCUGUGCUUCCACAGCCUGCACGUUUCUUGGGGAA